GUCCCUGACCUGAUUGCCAUUUGCCAGGGUCUAUUAUAUGUCGGCUCCUGCUUCACAUAAAAAAGCUGUCUUUUUGCUUUUGCUUUUGCUUUUGUUCCUCUGAUUUCCCGGCGACAAGUCAGUUCUUUCUUGAUCCCUGCGUCAAUUAAAACACACUUUCAACCAAAUAAUACUACCCAUUUUUUCUGAUUUUCUGUUUUUGGCUCAUACAUGAUAUUCUACCCACUUCUUGUUUUCUCUAACGGAGUAAACUUGUUUCAGUUUUCAUGAUUUUGUAUUUUUAUUUCAUGGAAUUGUUUCUUCUUCGAGACAUGGUACUCCCUUCUGGUCAAAGAAGAGAAAUAGAAGCCGGGAAAAGGAGUUCUAAGUUUGCCUUGUUUGGUUUUCGGGAUUGAAUUUGAAUGUAGUGGUUUUUUUUUCAAGGACUUUGCAAAUGUUGGGAUAUAUUUUGGAGUUAGAUAUGAGUUUAUUAUUAUCAUUAUGGUAAAAAAGGUCGAAUCUUUUCUGGAACAAAAGCAGGUGAUUGGAUUUGCUUGCUUUACUAGGGCUUUUAUCAUUUCCUAUACAUGAAAGUAAACAUGAAGGCUCAAGCUAAUGGGUUUCUAUCAAAUUCUGCAGAAGGGGAGAGGAAGAGCAUUAAUUCAGAACUAUGGCAUGCUUGUGCCGGGCCACUGGUUUCUUUGCCUCCAGUUGGAAGUCUUGUAGUUUACUUCCCUCAAGGCCACAGCGAGCAAGUUGCAGCAUCGAUGCAGAAGGAGACUGAUUUCAUACCCAGCUAUCCUAACCUGCCUUCCAAGUUGAUUUGCAUGCUUCAUAACGUCACAUUGCAUGCUGAUCCAGAGACUGACGAGGUCUAUGCCCAGAUGACACUUCAACCCGUAAGCAAAUAUGAAAAGGAAGCAUUAUUGGCAUCUGAUAUAGGCCUCAAGCAAAACCGGCAACCAACUGAGUUUUUCUGCAAAACUCUUACAGCAAGUGACACCAGCACUCAUGGUGGAUUUUCUGUACCUCGCCGAGCAGCAGAGAAGAUCUUCCCACCUCUAGAUUAUUCAAUGCAACCACCUGCCCAGGAGCUAGUCGCUAGAGAUUUACAUGAAACUACAUGGACAUUCAGACAUAUUUAUCGAGGCCAGCCAAAGAGGCAUCUGCUAACUACAGGUUGGAGUGUUUUUGUUAGCACUAAAAGACUGUUUGCUGGUGAUUCUGUUCUUUUUAUAAGAGAUGAGAAGUCGCAGCUUCUCUUGGGAAUUAGGCGUGCUAAUAGACAGCAGCCUGCUCUCUCCUCAUCAGUCAUCUCCAGUGAUAGCAUGCAUAUUGGAAUUCUUGCUGCUGCUGCUCAUGCUGCUUCAAAUAACAGCCCAUUUACUAUAUUUUACAAUCCAAGGGCAAGCCCUUCUGAGUUUGUGAUUCCCUUAGCCAAGUAUAACAAGGCAAUGUAUACCCAAGUUUCACUUGGUAUGCGAUUUAGAAUGAUGUUUGAAACUGAGGAGUCAGGAGUGCGGAGGUACAUGGGCACCAUCACUGGUAUCAGUGAUUUAGAUCCUGUGCGAUGGAAAGGUUCACAGUGGCGCAAUCUUCAGGUUGGAUGGGAUGAAUCUACAGCUGGUGAACGUCCAAGCCGAGUUUCAAUAUGGGAAAUUGAACCUGUUGUAACUCCGUUCUACAUUUGCCCUCCCCCCUUUUUCAGACCCAAGUUUCCCAAACAACCAGGGAUGCCAGAUGAUGAGUCUGACAUAGAAAAUGCUUUCAAGCGAGCUAUGCCCUGGCUUGGAGAUGACUUUGGUAUGAAGGAUGCCCAAAGCUCAAUCUUCCCUGGUCUGAGUUUAGUCCAGUGGAUGAGCAUGCAACAGAAUAAUCAGUUUCCAGCUGCUCAAUCAGGUUUCUUCCCUUCCAUGGUUUCUUCCACAGCCCUGCAUAAUAACCUUGGCUCUGAUGACCCAUCAAAGUUAUUGAAUUUUCAAGCUUCUGCACUGUCUGCACCAAAUCUCCAGUUUAACAAAGCAAAUCUGCAAAACCAAGUCAACCAGUUGGGCCAGCCCCCUAUUGCAUGGCCCCAGCAGCAGCAGCAGCAGCAGCAGCAACUGCAGCAGUUGUUGCAGACUUCUGUAAACCAACAGCAGCAACAACAUCCUCAACUUCAACAGCAGCGACAGCAGCCACAUCAGCAGCUUCUUCAGCCACAGCAGCAACAACACCAAACUCCACCACCACCACCACAACAACCACAACCAUCCCCUCCCCCACCGCAGUCACAAUCACAAUCACAACCACCGCUACCACAACGACAACAGCAACAACAGCAGCAGCAGCAGCAACAGCAACAACCAACGCCACCACCACCUCCACAACAACAACAACAAAUGUUCCUUCCAACAACUGUAAAUAAUGGUUUACUUGCUGCUAACCCAAAUCAAAAUGUCCAGCAACCUGGUGUUUACUCUCACCAUCAGCAGCAGCAAUUACUGACAAGCAGUACCCAGUCCCCCCAAAGUAUUCUCUCCACUAAUAAGAAUUCAUACCAAUUGACAUCCUUACCGCAAGAAUCGCAGUUCCAACAACAAAUAGAACAACAACCUAGUCUUUUACAGAGGCACCAGCAACAAACACAAUUGCCACAAUCUUCCCUUCAGUUCUUGCAACAAAACCUUGCACAGAGGACACAGCAACAGCCACCAGCCCAGCAGUUACCACAGCAGGGCAUGUCAGAGCAACAACAACUUCAGUUCCAGUUGCAACAGAAAUUUCAGCAACAACAGCAAUUACUCCCUCCAACGAGCUCACUUUUGCAGCCUCAGCUGCUACAGCAACAGCUGGCCCAUCAACAAAACCAGCAAUUACCGCAUAUUCCUGUGUCUCAGAAUCAGCAGCAGCAGCUAAGUAGCAACAGCUUCUCAACAUCAGUACUUGUGCAACCUCAACAGUUACCUAUGAACCAACCUCCAAACCAGCAUAAACCACUUACAGGAAUCAGAGCACAUUCUGGCCUUACUGAUGGAGAUGCUCCAUCGUGUUCAACCUCACCUUCUACAAAUAAUUGUCAGGUUUCUCCAUCAAACUUCCUGAAUAGAAGCCAGCAAGGGCCAGCCAUACUGAUGGGGGAUUCGGUGGUUGAGCCUGCUAGUAAUUUGGCGCAGGAGCUUCACAGCAAGUCUGAUAUCAGGAUCAAACAUGAGUUACCCAACUCAAAAGGACCAGAACAUCUGAAGUACAAAGGUACCUUGACUGAUCAAUUGGAAGCUUCCUCUUCUGGAACAUCAUAUUGCCUGGAUCCUGGCAACAUCCAGCAGAAUUUCUCUCUCCCCACCUACUGUUUGGAUGGUGAUGCCCAGUCACACCCUCGGAACAAUCUUACUUUUACAACUAAUCUCGAUGGAAUGGCGCCUGAUACAUUAUUGUCAAGGGGUUAUGACUCUCAAAAGGAUCUCCAAAACUUGCUCUCUAACUAUGGUAGUACUCCAAGAGAUAUUGAGACAGAGUUGUCCACUGCUGCAUUAAGCUCUCAGUCAUUUGGAGUGCCAAACAUACCUUUUAAGCCUGGUUGUUCCAAUGAUGUUGCCAUCAAUGAAGCUGGGGUAUUGAGUGGUGGACUAUGGGCCAACCAGACUCAACGUAUGCGGACAUAUACAAAGGUCCAAAAGCGCGGCUCUGUAGGAAGAUCUAUAGACGUCACGCGGUACAAAGGUUAUGAUGAGCUGAGGCAUGAUUUGGCGCGCAUGUUUGGAAUUGAAGGGCAGCUGGAAGAUCCUCAAAGUUCUGACUGGAAGCUAGUAUAUGUGGAUCAUGAAAAUGAUAUCUUGCUUGUUGGUGAUGAUCCAUGGGAUGAAUUUGUAGGCUGUGUUCAGAGCAUAAAAAUACUUUCAUCAGCUGAAGUACAGCAAAUGAGCUUGGAUGGGGAUCUGGGUAAUGUGCCAGUUCCAAAUCAAGCUUGUAGUGGGACUGACAGCGGGAAUGCGUGGAGAGGUCACUAUGAUGAUAACUCGGCUGCCUCAUUUAAUCGAUAGGGAGAUUUAUAACUUAGAAUAUGAACUGUGCAUGAGUUGUAGAAGUGAAGAGCAGUAUCAUAAUAUGAAUAUAGUUUACAACCCUUGGCUCACUCUUCCUAAAUAUAUAUAGUGCAGUAGUUGCUGGUUGACGGAAAGAUCAACUCUCUUGAUACUGGCAUCUACUGCGUGGCUUUUGACAAAGGGAUAGCAAUAUUUAGGGGUACAGAGCACAUGAAAUUGGUUGUAUAAUUAAAUCUUACCCUCAUUGAAAGCUGAUCUGACUUCCACUUUCAUACUACUUGUAAAUGCUGUGAUUUAGAGCAACGAUGAACAGAAAUAUGUAGUGACAGCUGCGUCUAUUCCUCAACGACAUAAGUAGAAUCAUUUUUGCUUAUAUUGCAAGCCUUCCCUAAUUCUGUUUA